AAUUGAUUGCCAUAUAUUUUGUACACAAUUAUAGCCAUAAAAUAUUUUGAAUUGAUUGACACAAAAACAAGACUUACUGAAGACUUGAUUGAAUUAAUGAAAAGUUUAAAAAUAACUGAAGAAAAUGACCACAACUUCAACAACAGUUAUGACAGCAAAAGUUUCGUUUGAUCGCUUCGGCGAUGAUUUGUGUCAACUAUUGCUUCAAUAUCUGCCAAUCGAUGACAAACUAAGACUGGAAUCGGUGUCCAAACAGUGGCAGUCAUUGAUAUUUAAUACACAAACGGAUCUCGAAUUUGAUUGGAAACUAGUGAAGAAUUUAUCUUUGGAUUCAUUGACUGAUAAACAAAUAAGUGGUUUGUUUGAAUAUAUUAUCAAAAAUUGUCCAAACAUUACAACACUAACAAUACGUGAUAUCUAUUUUUGGGAAAUUUUGUUUGACUUAUUGAUUAAAUACUGUUUACAAUUGAGACACAUAUAUCUGAUUCCUAAUACAACUAAUAUUCAGUGGCAGAUAAUUGAAGAUAAAUUUGAUCGUUUUUGUCGCCAAUUUGGCCAACAAUUGAUGACAUUUAAGUUUCAUAACUACUGUAAAAGCAACGAACAAUUCUUUUAUAAAUGUAUCGAUUGUUUGCCAAAUUUGAAGACAUUGGACAUAAAAUAUUGUGGUAUUUCUGAUAUUCAAUUCACUGAUAUAUUUACUGCCAAUAAGUCAUAUGUUUUGCCAAAAUCAUUGCAAUCAAUGUCACUAACACUGAAUAACUUUACGGCCACAUUGUUUGCUAAGUUUGCCGACACUUAUGGCCAACAAUUGACAUCUUUGGACAUAUUUAUUAAUUCUACAAAUUAUUAUAUAGAUAUUUAUGAAUCAUUGAUUACCGGUUUUUCACAAAUGAAACAAUUAAGACAAUUGACGAUUAAAUUUAGAAGAUUUUAUAUCGAUAAGCUGUUAUUGGCUACUAUUGGCCGCAACUGUCGCCAACUGAAAGCGUUUUACUUAUCAUACGACUACUUUAAAAUGGAUAUAAUUGGUCUCAUAAUUAAGACAAUCAAUAAACAUAUGUCACCGCAAUUGAAACGAUUAUCACUGAAGUCUUAUCAUAGUUAUGAUAACAGUGAUUUAAAACUGACCAGUGGUUCGUUAAAUCGAUUAAACGGAUUAACACAUUUGACACUUUGGUUUAAUGAUUUCUCGAUAAUUGGUGACCAGUUUUUCUGCGAUAUUCAUCUCAAUCACCCGCGACUUCAAUAUAUAAAGUGUAGCAAAGUGUCCAUUACUGAUGAGUCGAUCGCCGCUUUGGGACAGUUGGCACACCUGACUGAUGUCUACCUCUGGUUAAACAAUCUGAUGAAAAAUGAAUCCUAUAAUAAACAGCAUUUACUGAUUGGUACUAAAGUUAAAAACUUGUCUAUUAAAUACAUGAAUUCAUUUGAUAAACACGUGUUUAGUUGUGGCAAAUAUUUUGAUGGUCAUAAUUAA